CAUCUGUCACCGCAUACUAAUUGACACCUUGUAUAUCAAAAACCGGUAUCAGCAUCAUCCAUACACAACGAUGCUUAUUACGACAAGCGAGAUUCUGAACCCCUCGAUAGCUAAUCUGCCCAGUAAGGCUACCGUUAUCAAGCUCUGCAAGAAAAAAGGCUUCCGCCAUAAUCACAUAACCUACUCCACCGAUGACAAAGAUAUUUUCAUCAAAUACAACAACGCGAGUAUGGACGAAGCACACACUCAGCUAUUUUUCUAUGAGCAGAUAAUGAAGAAACGUGAUUCAGUUAUUCGAAUCCCAGAGAUAUAUCACGCUUUUGAGACUGAACUGGGAUUGACUUACAUCCUCAUGGAGCAUAUCGAUAUCAAAGACAAAGCUUCUGAUGAACAGAUAGCGCAGGCCGUUUCAGAAUUAAUCAGCAUUCCUCCACCUGCUGGCGUCUUUGGAAGCAUAUCCGGAGGCCGUAUUAGACACUUCUUUUUCAGGGACCGCGAGGCCCCCUUUCACUUUUCUUCUGCUUUUGAACUGGGAGAUUUUAUCAACGGGACUCUGAGCUGCGUCAGAAAAGUCCAACGUGAACCGGACAACGACAAGGUGGAUUUCAGCAACGAACCCCUGAUGUGCUAUUACUCGGAUCUCCAUCGCGAUAAUUUUCCAGUGGAUAGCAAUGGUCAGCUUUGGGUAGUUGACUUUCAACAGGCUGGUGUCUUGCCUUCCAGUUUCAUGACGUUUGCACUUCACUCGAGUCGCCAACGUCGCCUCCCUCUUCCAAUCAGAAAAACAAUUCCGGUUCCAGAGACGAGCAAUCUGAAACUGAUCAGCUAUGUCUCGUAUAUUCUUCAGAUCAGCUGGAAUAUGUAUACGCCUGGAGAAAGCAUAUCUUGAGUUCGAUUUACCAAGAUCAUUUGAAGGGUUUCUUCAGCACUUGUGCCCUACGUGUCGAACUAACAAUGACAUCAACAACAAUAACCAGGUUUCCUCUUAUCCUCGUGAACGUAUUUUAAGAUAAUAUGCGAAGAAUGAGGGAUACUCUCUAUUAUUACUCGACUAUGUUAAGGUUAUUUCUUUUCUAUUAUUAUUGCAUACAUAUUAGAAUACUAGUUUCUUACCGACUGUGGCUAGUGUUUAGCACCCCCUAGGAUAUAGGCCGGUUCUGCCGGCAGCUAGUAAUCGAAGCAAGCUUCUCACCGCU